AUGGAGGCCGUCGCAACAAGACCAGCCCUCGCCUGCUGUCGUCGGGCCGUGACCUCGGGUAUCCGCCACAAGUCGACCGCCGCCCGGACACGGCGCGCCCUCAACAUCCCGCCGCACCCGUCAUUCCUCAACUCCGGCAGCGACCGCCCGACAACGGACGAGAUCAUCUACAACCCGCCCUCGUCCGCCGCUUCCGUCUACCACACGCCCUUCAAGUUCCUGCCAAAAUCCGACCCCCGCCGCCGAGCCAACCUCGCCUCGGAGCUCCUCGCGUCCUCUACCACCAUCCAAUACCCUUCUUCUUCUUCUUCUUCCUCCUCCUCCUCCUCCUCUUCCGCCUCUUCCGCCUCCUCCGCCGCCGCCACAUCGACGCAACAACCAUCAGAAAACUCGUCGUCCGCAUCAUCAUCAUCAUCAUCAGAUGAAGUCCCGUUCCCCUCGAUCGAGGGGCCCCCCCGCCACAAGGCGCGGCACCACCUGACCAAGGCGGACAUCGAGGAGAUGCGGCGGCUGCGGGCCCAGGACCCGGCGACCAACACGGUCCAGGCGCUCUCGGCCCGGUUCCAGUGCAGCAAGCUGUUCGUCAUGAUGUGCUGCCAGGCGCCCAAGGAGCACAAGGACAAGGUCCGCGCCGACCUCGAGCGCACCAAGGAGCGCUGGGGCCCCCGCCGCCAGGCCGCCCGCGAGGAGCGCCGCGCCAGGAUGGGCUUGCUCUUUGAGGGGCAGUUAUAGGGACCCCCCCCCCCCCGCGUGCGUCCUUGGCCGAUCACCCCUCCCCUUCCCCUCCCCGUCCCCCC